AUGAGGAUUCAAAUAACUGUAUCACUUUCUGCAAGUACAAAUACACAAGCACAGAAUAUCUUUCCCCUUUAUGUACUUUUAGUUAGACCUACCAGUAAUAUUUCGCUUGAAGCGCAUUCUCCGAUAUAUCGAUUCAGUAGGGUUUGUAUGCUUACAAAUUUUAGCGAAUUUGGAAAUAAAGGCAAAACUGAAGCCACAUUCAUCAUCCCUGACGUGAAGAAUUUGUCAACCUCCCGUGCUUGCAACCUUAACAUUAUAUUUAUUAGCUGUGAGCUUGAAGGGAAAUGUUCCUGGGGUAAAAUACCGACUAAUGUACUUGCAUCCUCUUUGGAGAAAUGUGUGACUUUAAGUACAGGAGAUGCUGUGGAUUUGGCUUCUACAGUUACAAUGAACCCAAGCUUCUUAGAGCCAAAAUUUCUGGAACAAGACAGUUGCUUGACAUUUUGCUCUCAUAAGGUUGAUGCUACGGGUUCAUACCAAUUACAAGUAUGCAUAUCCGCAGAAGAGGCUGGUGCAAGAGAAUUACUUUUGUCUCCUUAUUAUUGUAAUUACUCAUAUGAUAAUGUCCCACCUUCAUUAUUACCAGAAAUCAUAAGGUUGAGGGCUGGAAAUGUACUUUUUAAUUACAAGUACUACAAUAAUACAAUGCAAAAGACUGAAGUUACUGAAGAUUUUUCCUGCCCAUUUUGCUUGGUACGAUGUGGAAGCUUCAAGGGCCUGGGAUGCCACUUAAACUCAACACAUGACCUGUUCCACUAUGAGUUCUGGAUAUCUGAAGAGUGCCAGGCUGUGAAUGUUAGUCUGAAGGCUGAUGCCUGGAAAACUGAGUUUGUGGUAGAGGGAGUUGAUCCAAGGCAUCAAACAUUUUCCUACUGCUCUAGGUUUAAGAAGCGUAGAAGGUUGGAAACCACAGCUAAGAAAAUCAGGCAUGUUCACCCACAUAUUAUGGAAUCAGGAUCACAUGAAGAUGCCCAGGCAGCGUCUGAAGACGACUAUGUGCAAAGGGAGAACGGGUUUUCUGUAGCACACGCUUCAGUUGACCCUAGUCAGCCUGUACAUGGGAGCAAUCUUUCAUCACCAACAGUGCUACAGUUUGGGAAAUCGAGGAAGCUAUCUGUUGAGCGAUCUGACCCCAGAAAUCGACAACUGCUGCAAAAGCGCCAGUUCUUCCAUUCACACAGGGCACAUCCAAUGUCAUUGGAACAAGUCUUCUCAGAUCAUGAUAGUGAAGACGAGGUUGAUGAUGAUAUUGCUGACUUUGAGGAUAGAAGGAUGCUUGACGAUUUUGUUGAUGUUACAAAAGAUGAGAAGCUUAUUAUGCAUAUGUGGAAUUCAUUUGUUCGAAAACAAAGGGUGCUAGCUGAUGGUCACAUACCUUGGGCCUGCGAGGCAUUCUCCAGAUGCCAUGGAGAACAGCUUGUACAAAACCCUGCCCUUCUGUGGGGCUGGCGAUUUUUCAUGAUUAAACUCUGGAACCACAGCCUUCUUGAUGCCCGCGCCAUGAAUACUUGCAACACAAUUCUUCAAGGCUACCAAGACGGAAGUUCAGACCCCAAGUAA